AGAUAACGAUGGGAAUUUUAGCUCGUCGUAGAAAUCAUAAAUCACCCACAGAAAAAUCUAAAUUAAAAGGGGCUGGAGAAGGAGGGUAUAUUGCGGAAUUUAUUACUCAUGUUCUUAAACGACUUUUACCCGAUUUAGUUAAAUAUAACAUUAAAGUUAUUACAAAUGCAGGAGGUUUAGAUCCUUUAGCAUGCAAACAAGCGAUAGAAAAUGCCAUUAAAGAAAGUGGAAUAGAAGAUGGUAAAUUAAUUGUAGCGGCAAUAACAGGAGAUGAUAUGUUAAAUUAUAAUGAAGAAUUUAAACAAAAAGGAGAUGUAUAUGAAUUUACACAUAUAAUUGGGAAUGAUCAAGAUUCGGACAAUUUUCCAAGCGAAGAAAAAGAAGUUAUUUCACUUAAUGCAUACCUUGUGGUUACGGGUAGAUGUGUAGAUAGUGCUUUAGUUGUUGGACCAUUAAUAAAUGAAUUUAA